GGGGGUUUUCUCUGUUCGGCCCCUUAAUGCUGCUGGGUUCUGUGAAUCUGCACAUUGGGUCGCCGGUCCCUGGGCAUGGAGGGCAGUCGUUUUCCGCUCGCGGGCUGACGCGAUUAUACCGGCUUUGUGCUCGGACUGACCGUCUGCACCUGCCUCUCGAUCUCUCCUUCGGGGCUAACCGCCUUAUAAGGUCCUCGGAGCGGCGGCGGCUUCGGGACUUGGCCCGCGGCAACUAGGGGCCCACCCCCCACCCCCGCUCCAGGCUCGGAUGGGAGGCGGAGGGAGGAGCGGCCUGGGAUGUUCAGUCUGAUGGCCAAUUGCUGCACCUGGUUCAAGCGGCGGCAGGAGCCUGUCAGAAAAGUGACUCUUGUGAUGGUGGGACUUGAUAAUGCUGGUAAAACGGCAACGGCAAAGGGAAUCCAAGGAGAUUGUUUCUUUUAUAUCAUUUGAAAUAGAGUAUCCUGAAGAUGUAGCUCCUACUGUUGGAUUUUCCAAAAUUGACCUUAGACAAGGAAAGUUUGAAGUCACCAUCUUUGACUUGGGAGGUGGAAAAAGAAUUCGGGGAAUCUGGAAGAAUUACUAUGCUGAGUCCUAUGGGGUAAUAUUUGUUGUGGAUUCCAGUGAUGAAGAGAGAAUGGAAGAGACGAAAGAGACAAUGUCAGAAGUGUUAAGACAUCCUAGGAUAUCAGGAAAGCCUAUAUUGGUGUUGGCAAAUAAACAAGACAAGGAAGGGGCUUUAGGAGAAGCUGAUGUGAUUGAAUGUCUGUCUCUGGAAAAAUUGGUCAAUGAGCACAAGUGCCUGUGUCAAAUAGAACCCUGUUCAGCAAUCUUGGGAUCUGGAAAGAAAAUAGACAAAUCCAUCAAAAAAGGCCUUUACUGGCUGCUACAUAUCAUUGCAAGAGACUUUGAUGCCUUAAAUGAACGCAUCCAAAAAGACACAACAGAACAGCGUGCUCUUGAGGAACAAGAGAAACGAGAAAGAGCUGAACGAGUGCGAAAAUUACGGGAAGAAAGAGAACAAAGAGAGCGAGAGCAGGCUGAACUCGAUGGAACCAGUGGUCUGGCUGAGGUGGACCCAGAACCAAUUAUUGUUAAUCCUUUCCAGCCGAUAGCAACCGUAAUCAUUGAGAAUGAAAAAAAACUUGAAAAAGAGAAAAAGAGGCAAAAUAUGGAGAAAGACAGUGACGACUGCCCCCUGAAACAUAAAAUGGAGCAUGAGCACGUAGAGACACAGAGCCAGAUCAGUGACAACAGCCAGAAAAACAAUGAGUUUGGAAUAGUGGAAAAUUAUAAGGAAGCGUUAACACAGCAGUUGGAGAAUGAAGAUGAGACAGACCAGCCAUCAUCAGAAUCAGAUAACAGUAAAAAGAAAACUAAGAAACUAAGAAUAAAAAGGAGUCACCGUGUAGAGCCUGUCAAUACAGAUGACCCUGCUCCUAAGAGCCCAACACCACCCCCACCUCCUCCUCCUGUUGGCUGGGGAACCCCUAAAGUCACUAGACUUCCAAAACUUGAGCUUCUUGGUGAAACACGUCAUAAUGAUUUCUAUGGGAAGCCGCUGCCUCCCCUGGCUAUGCGACAGAGACCUAACAGUGAUGUUCAUGACAUGAUCUCAUAAACCAAAUCACAUGGAUGAGCUCUCCUAAUAAUGGCAAGAUGAACUGGAGGGAGGACCAUCUUUCUCAGAGAACUAAAACCCUGACCUUUGAUAACUGGGCAAGAUAACCAUAGGAAUUUCAGUAAAGAUUAAUAGCCAAAAAUUAAUCUGACUGAUUACUUAUCCAUGUUCUUCAUGGUUUAAAAAAAAGGAAGCAAAAUGACUAGAAGAUGGGAUGAACAUUUGGACCAAGUUAGUACACGUUAGUAUUGACUCUGGUUUAUACAUCCUCACUUAUGGGCACAUUCCAGAAGGAACGCCUUUCAGAAAAAGAGCCAAUGGACUCUGCACACUUUCAUUACUAUUGAAUAGUCUUUAUUUCUGUAUCUUAAACAGUUUUUUUGUAAGAUACUUAUGCAUGGAAGGGGAACUCUUGGGAAUUUAUAACCUAAAUUUUUAACAUUUUAUAUUUUUCUAAAGCUUUUGUUUAAGAAUUUUAAUUACUAUGAUAUUGACUGUAUACUUUUCUAUAGAUGCUUUGUUUAAAUUAUGUCUGGAAAAUGGAGUUGAUUUACUGGACAAACUUUAACUAUACAGAUAGGACAUAUUUAUAUGGUUUGAGGUAUAUUUUAUAAUAGUAUAGUUCUUGAAAUGUACAUCAUAAUUUGACCUAAUUUUAAACUAUAGAAACAGGAUAUAUUUAUAUGGUUUGAGGUAUGUUUUGUAAUAGUAUUGCUCUUGAAGUAUACAUCCUCAUUUGGUCUAAUUGUAAAAUAAUAUUUUUAAAAAAUAGAUUCUCACAUCUUAAUUCUAACAAAUUAUAUUAUUUGAAAGCACUACCCAAGGAGAGAGUUCAACUUUUUUCUGUUGUUUGAUUUCUUUGGUGAUGAUCCUAGUAAAUGAAUGAGACUUGGAAUACCUUCUUGACCAAAAUGCUUUGUAAAUUCAUAAAAAUGUUAUGUCAGAUAUUAAAAGCCCCAAUAAACACCUCUUUUAAAGUUUAAACCUC